UUCGUGGAAAUCAGACUCCUACUGGAGCGUAAGGACACCAUUCCGCCUUCACUGAACUGAGUUUCUCGCAAAAGGGCAGUCGAGAUGAAAUCUACGCUAAUGGGUCGUCUUCAACUCCAUUUCCCUCAAUUGGGUUUCCGCCAAAACCUCACAAAUCCAACCCUCCAUUGUUGUACGGCAGGUCCACCUCCAGAUACCAUCUGUGGCCUCAGAAAGGGUCAGAGGAAGCCCUUAGGUAAGUCAAGGGUGCCCUCCACUGAGUCUAUUCAAGCAGUUCAGUCGCUCAAGCUCGCUAAAUCCGCCUCCAAAAUGGAGGACGUAAUCAAUAGCAAGCUUAGCAGAUUGUUGAAAGCAGACUUGUUUGAUGCUCUGGCUGAAUUACAGAGGCAAAAUGAACUGGAACUAUCGCUUCAGGUCUUCAAAUUUAUGAGGAAUGAAGAGUGGUACGAGCCAGAUUUAAACUUGUACCAUGUGAUGAUUCAAAUGAUGGGGAAGAACAAAAUGAUUGAAAUGGCUGAAGAGGUCUUCCAUGAGUUAAAAAGGGAUGGGUUAGAACCAGACACAAGAGCUUUUAAUGAGAUGAUGGGAGCAUAUUUGCAAGUAGACAUGGUGGAAAGAGCUGUUGAGACAUAUGAAUUAAUGAAAGCAUCAGGUUGUAUUCCAGAUAAACUGACUUUCAAGAUUUUGAUCAAGAAUCUUGAGAGAUUUAGGGAAGAGUUUGCUGCAGUGGUCAAGAAAGAAUGUGCUGAGUUCUUGGAUUCUCCUGAGAAGUUCCUCAGAGGGAUGUUGAACAGAAACUGAUGAAACUUCAAAUUCUUUAAUCUGUAUUUGAUUUUUGAGGUACUCAUCUCUGUUUCUUACUGCUUUAAAUGAAAUUUAAUGCUUAGGAGUGAACAUCUUUAGAGCAAACAUGAGUCUGUUCUUUGGAUGAUCAUUGUUUUGGACUUCUGAGCCUUUUGAGUUCUUCAAUUUCGUCUAUGGAAAUCUCCUAUGUGUGGGAGUUUUGAGCCUCU